AUGCUUCUCAUGACCAGCUCGUCACGGGAAUUAAAGCCCGACCCGCUGAAACUCUCAAUACUGGAGACGGGAGACCUCUGCCAGCGUUCUAGACAAGCCGCAAAGCCGCUGCCAUCAUGUAAACUUCACAUCCACUCCGUUGCAAACGGCGCCGGUCGAGAAAUCAGCCUCCAGAUCCAGACCUAUGGCGUCGACGGCGCUGACUGUGGCUUUUCUCAGCUUCUGUUCGGACCCGAGCCUGACACGUCCCCCGCCAAGAUAUUCCUCUUAUCCGCCGUUGUUCACCUGGCACACGCCCGCAGCAGGAUCCUAUUUCCAUCAACCGCGGUACGGGUAUCCGUAUAG